UGACGCGGCGAUCCUAGAGCCGAGUUAUGGCCGCGGCGCGGGUGCUGCUGCUACUGUCCGGGCGCCCGGAGUCGGUGAGCUUCACGCAGAGUGUGUGCGGCCUCCUGGGCGCCAGACCCGGGCUCGGGCCGUGGUCCGCACACUGCAGCCUCAAGCGGGGACAACUCGUCCUCUCGGCCAGGCCAUUCCCAGGCGCGUCGGCCAGGCUUCCGCUCCAGCGACCCCCUUUCUGCCCUUUUGCGGCCCUGGAGCAGCAGCCGGGGGCUCCUGCGGCCGAGCUGCCCAUGAAUCGAAGUGUGGAUCUGGGCGUGGCGGUCAUUCUGCAGUCCAGCGAUCAAACUGUCUUGUUGACCCGAAGGACAGGCACCCUCAACGUUUUCCCCAACCUCUGGGUACCCCCAGGUGGGCAUGUGGAACCUGAUGAAGAGCUGUUGGAAGGAGGGCUUCGAGAGCUUUGGGAGGAGAGUGGACUACAGCUGCCCCAGGGCCAGUUCUCUUGGACCCCUCUGGGGUUAUGGGAGUCUGCCUACCCCCCUAGGCUGAGCUGGGGUCUCCCCAAAUACCAUCACAUCAUUCUCUAUCUCCUUGUCAUCUCCCAGGAGACACAGCAGCAGCUACAGGCCCGGAUCCAACCAAACCCAAAAGAGGUGAGCGCCCUUAUGUGGCUGGGACCAGAUGUAGCAGCUGCGGUGGCUGCCACAGAGGAUGAGACAGAGACACCCAGUCAACUUCCCCAGGACCUACCACCUUCUGUCCUUGCAGUAGAACUCGAGGAUGGAGGAGCUCGACCUCUGGCCUUGCCCACAUCCACACUGCUGCGGACGACCCCAGCCACAGCAGAGAGCACAGAGAGGGUCAGCACCGGGACCAAGUUUGCCCUCAGGCUCUGGCUGCAGCAUCUGGGAAGGUAGAGCCGGGAUAGCAGCUGAGGUGACAGGACAGUGCUUCUUGGUCGGGGGUAGGUCCUCCUCGUCUGAUGAGCUUUCUAUUGUCAAGUCAAUAACUUCAACCUUCUUUUUAUUAUCUGAUGAAUUGCCUUCUUGCACUGGGCUAUACUGGAGGCCUGUGGGUGGUAAGAAGACUGUGUCUCAGAGAAGAGACCAUACAAGACUGAGCUCAACUGGGGGACAGGGGGUCACUCACCAUCCAGCCCAUACCCUGGCGGGGGGCAAACCUCAGAUGCCUCCUUUUUGGGUUUCAUUGGGCACCAGGAUCCGUCUUCCAUGAAUUGGAUCUCAUCACAAUCCGAGCAGGAAUUAAGAAUCUCCAUAAAUAACCUGGAGGAGGGGAGAGAGGAAAAGUCAUGCGGCUGGAACAGGAGCCAGGGUGUUCUGGGACCCCCACUUCCUGAACCUCAGUUUCCGCAUCUGUAAAUUAGGGACAUUAUCCCCCUUACUGACCUCUCUGAGUUGCUGGAAUCAAAUAAAGUAAGAUGUGUAAAAGA